GGAGAGGAGAGCCUUGCCUCUAGAUAUAUAUAAUCACAUUUCAGACCAUGGAUGGAGGCCUGCUGGGAAGAGCUCAUGUGAUGGACAAAAUCAAGAUCGGUCAAUGAAGAAUGGGCAGGUGUCAAAGGUAGAGGGAGUGGCCUGGUGCUGUCAGUACCUCUGCUGGUCAUCAUCAUGACAUCAGAGGCCUGCUCGUCCCAUCGGUGCUGCUGGCUCACUUCACCCUUCAGAUACCAAACAUGGCUUCAUCUGAUGUGGGUGCUGCUGGUGGCUAUCAUCCCGGGUCUGUGGGCCCAGCAGGGCACGCAGCCCCAGUCCAUCAAAAUCGAGGGCGACAUCACUUUGGGAGGACUGUUCCCCGUGCACUCUCGGGGACCUGCUGGUGUGCCCUGCGGGGAGAUCAAGAGAGAAAAGGGGAUCCAUCGUUUGGAGGCCAUGCUGUACGCCUUGGACCAGAUAAACAGUGACCCGGACCUGCUGCCUAACAUCACUCUUGGAGUGCGGGUCCUGGACACCUGCUCCAGAGACACCUACGCCCUGGAGCAGUCGCUCACCUUUGUCCAGGCCCUUAUCCAGAAGGACAACUCAGACGUGCGAUGCUCAAACGGAGAGCCGCCAAUCAUCCCCAAACCAGAGAGGGUGGUCGGGGUUAUCGGGGCUUCUGGCAGCUCCGUGUCCAUCAUGGUGGCCAAUGUGCUCAGAUUGUUUGCGAUCCCCCAGAUCAGCUACGCUUCCACUGCCCCGGAGCUGAGCGACAAAAGCCGCUACGAGUUCUUUUCCCGUGUGGUGCCUCCUGACUCCUACCAGGCCCAGGCCAUGGUGGACAUAGUCAAAGCCAUGGGCUGGAACUACGUCUCCACACUGGCUUCAGAGGGCAACUAUGGAGAGAGCGGCGUUGACGCUUUCCUCCAGAUAUCCAGAGAAGCAGGGGGGCUGUGUAUUGCACAGUCCAUAAAGAUUCCCAGAGAGCCUCGACCGGGGGAGUUCGAGAAGAUCAUCAAGAGACUGAUGGAGACCUCUAACGCUCGCGGGGUCAUCAUCUUUGCCAGCGAGGACGACAUCAAACGGGUGCUGCAGACAGCCAAAAAGUCCAACCUAACAGGCCACUUCCUGUUUGUUGGCUCCGACAGUUGGGGGGCCAAAAGCUCCCCCAUUCAAGACCAGGAGGAGGUGGCUGAGGGCGCUGUCACCAUCCUGCCCAAAAGAGCCUCUAUCGAUGGGUUCGACCAGUACUUUACUUCAAGAUCUCUAGAAAACAACAGAAGAAACAUCUGGUUUGCAGAAUUCUGGGAGGACGACUUCAAGUGCAAACUAACCCGCCCUGGCAUAAAGUAUGAACUUGGUAGAAGGAAAUGUACAGGUGAGGAAAGAAUCAGUCAACACUCUCAGUACGAACAGGAGGGCAAGGUGCAGUUUGUGAUUGACGCUGUGUACGCCAUGGCCCACGCCUUACACAGCAUGCACAUGGACUUGUGUCCUGGCUACAUGGGUGUCUGCGAGAAGAUGGACCCUGUGGAAGGACGGAUGCUGCUCCAAUACAUUCGUUCUGUCAACUUCAAUGGCAGCGCAGGAACUGGAGUGAUGUUCAACGAGAAUGGAGACGCUCCUGGUCGCUAUGACAUCUUCCAAUACCAACUGUCUAAUGUCACCAACCCGGGCUAUAAGGUCAUCGGCCAGUGGACAAACCACCUCCGCCUCAAUCCGGAGGAGAUGCAGUGGUCAGGUGGUGACCGUAAGAUCCCAGAUUCGGUGUGCAGUUUCCCCUGCGAGUCUGGAGAGAGGAAGAAGAUGGUGAAGGGAGUUCCUUGCUGUUGGCACUGUGAACUCUGCGAUGGCUACCAGUACAUGCUGGAUGAGUUCUCCUGCGGCAUGUGCCCCUUCGACAUGAGGCCCUUUAAGAACCGCACAGGCUGCCGGGAAACGCCUAUCGUCAAGCUGGAGUGGAGCUCUCCCUGGGCCAUCAUCCCCGUCUUCCUGGCUAUCCUGGGCAUCCUGGCCACCACCGGAGUCAUCAUCACCUUCAUCCGCUUCAACGACACGCCCAUCGUUCGGGCCUCCGGCAGAGAGCUCAGCUACGUGUUGCUGACAGGCAUCUUCCUCAUCUACCUUAUCACCUUCCUCAUGAUAGCUGAGCCCAGCACGGGCGUGUGCGCAUUCCGCAGGCUGCUGCUGGGGCUCGGCAUGUGCAUCAGCUACUCCGCCAUGCUCACCAAGACCAACCGGAUCUACCGCAUCUUCGAACAGGGCAAGAAGUCGGUCUCGCCCCCGAAAUUCAUCAGUCCCACCUCUCAGCUGAUUAUCACCUUUAUACUCAUCUCAGUGCAGUUACUCGGGGUGUUCAUCUGGUUUGGUGUGAUUCCCCCUCACACCAUCAUCGACUACGAGGAGCAGAAGCCCCCAAACCCAGAGUUCGCCCGCGGAGUCCUCAAGUGCGACAUGGGUGACCUGUCCCUCAUCUCGUGUCUGAGCUACAGUAUUGUACUGAUGAUCACCUGCACUGUGUACGCCAUCAAGAGCAGAGGAGUUCCUGAGAACUUCAACGAGGCCAAACCCAUCGGCUUCACCAUGUACACAACCUGCAUUGUCUGGCUGGCCUUUGUACCAAUCUUCUUUGGCACAGCACAGUCCACGGAGAAGUUGUUCAUCCAGACCACCACCCUGACGGUGUCCAUGAGCCUGAGCGCCACCGUGUCCCUGGGCAUGCUCUACAUCCCCAAGGUCUAUGUAAUCAUCUUCCACCCGGAGCAGAACGUCCAGAAGAGAAAGCGCAGCUUCAAAGCCGUGGUGCAGGCAGCCACCGUGUCCGUGAAGUCCAACGACAAACAGAACGGAGAGUCCAAGUCCAAGAUCGUGCCGGACAGAUCACAGUGAAACAAAAACAAACUGGGUCCAUAUUUUCCUCACCUAAUGUCACCAGCCCACACUGAGGCGGCUGAGGAAAAUUAAUUUACUUCAGUUUUGGCUCAACUGUUUUCCCCCCUUCCCCUUUACUAUGGAUUGAAAUACCAGCAAAGACGUUCCUGGAUGUUAUUUCUUCUCACACAUUUAGAUAACUCAGAUCUACUCAACCUGGAAUGAGGCACAAAAAGGCUUAAAAUGAAAAACCUUUUAGUACACUUAAAGGAGAACCGGAAAGACGUUGAGCUAUCCUGAAUAAGAUUUUUUCAUUCACAUAUACAUCUCAACUUGACAGGGAGGUGUUGUUAGUUUUAAAAAUGCUGUUUAGGAAAAAAAGAAGUUUAAAUUGCAACCUUUGUGUAUGUAUGUGGAAUCCCUUGGGGUCAAUGAAGCAUUGUUUACUGGCUCCGAAAGCACUGCAUGGAUUGUGUUUAAUGUGUACAUGAAUGUUUUGAAAUUGUUUUGUACAGAGUGUAGUGACUUUUUCUUCUGAUUGCACCGGAAGGAACCAGCUUUAAAAACGCACCACUAUGUCCUGUUACGAUUUCUGAUGAUUAAGUCCCCUGGGGAGGUAUAAUGAAUCACUCUACUAUAAUCACCCACAGCAGUCAUUCAACGUUCAAUCACUAAUGCAACAAAGCAUUUUAUUUAAAUUAGUGGUAUGUAUGCAAUUAUUAAAAUACAAGCUGGUUUUCACUGGGGAAACAGGAUACAGCAAUUAUGAGCAGGAUAUUUAUGUUCUACCUGAUACCUUUUACUAAACAAUGUUUGGCAUUUCCCCAUAUAGUUCCCCACAAUCUCCUCGAAGGCCAGCCUGUAAGGCAACAUGCCAAAAUCAUAAACAAGCUACCGUUUCGUUCAUGCAUGGGAACCGUGUGAGGAAGUUUGAUUCUGUGCCCUAAGAGAUCAUCUCAUUUUCAUUUCUGCAAACAUAAUUCAUCUAAUGAGCUUAAUCCUAAAAUGAACAGUCCCUUAUUUUGCAGUGUACUUUUUGUUACUUCACAACUCAGGUUUUACUGAAAGUGUCUCAAAUAAAGUUUUUCUUGAGGAUCUGCUUCUGCACUAGUGCAGCCUUUUUCAAGACAAAUGGUUUCAGCAGUUACCACGUGCAAUACAUUCCCCCCCGCCCCCCCCCCCCCCCCCACAGGAGGGCUGAGAGCUUCAUGUAUGAGAAAACACUGUUUGUACUGCCCUCUGUAGGACAGCACGUCUCAGUGAAAUGUUAAGAGGGAAUUGUUUGUA